AUAGCCAACAUCUCCACAAUUCUCUCCAUCUUCUCAGACCACUCCUGCUCUCCAAUCACAUUUAUUAUACUCUUUCUUGCUAAGACUUGAAAUGGCUAAGGACGUUGAGGUUGGCACUGAGUAUGCUGCUCCAAAAGACUACCAUGACCCUCCUCCCGCGCCACUCAUCGACCCGGAAGAGCUGGGGAAGUGGUCAUUUUACAGGGCGAUCAUAGCCGAGUUCAUCGCCACUCUCCUGUUUCUCUACGUCACUGUCCUCACUGUGAUUGGGUACAAGAGCCAGACUGACCCAAAUGUGAAGGGCACUGAUGAAUGUGGCGGCGUGGGCAUUCUUGGCAUUGCAUGGGCCUUUGGUGGCAUGAUCUUCAUCCUUGUUUACUGCACUGCCGGUAUUUCUGGUGGACACAUAAACCCGGCUGUGACAUUCGGGCUGUUCUUAGCCAGGAAGGUGUCUCUGGUCCGAGCCGUGAUGUACAUGGUGGCGCAGUGCCUGGGAGCCAUCUGCGGAUGUGGGCUAGUGAAGGCCUUCCAGAAAGCUUACUAUGUGAGGUAUGGCGGCGGGGCAAAUGGGUUGCAAGAUGGGUACAGCAAAGGCACUGGGUUGGGUGCUGAGAUAAUUGGGACUUUUGUUCUUGUUUACACUGUCUUCGCCGCCACUGACCCCAAGAGAAAUGCCAGAGACUCCCAUGUUCCUGUGCUGGCACCACUCCCAAUUGGAUUUGCUGUGUUUAUGGUUCACUUGGCCACAAUUCCGAUCACCGGCACAGGCAUUAACCCUGCUAGGAGUUUUGGAGCUGCUGUCAUCUAUGGCAAAGACAAGGCCUGGGAUGACCAAUGGAUAUUCUGGGUUGGACCAUUUGUUGGAGCUGCCAUUGCUGCACUGUACCACCAGUAUGUGUUGAGAGCAGGGGCAGCCAAAGCUCUGGGAUCACAGAGGAGCAAUUCUUGAUUGUGGGGUCUGCGAUUCUGAGACAAAUCCAUGGAGGAAUUGUAUAUACCAACUAAGAUUUGGUGAAUGGAGGGUCUCUAGCUCUAUUGUGUGGUGUUUUGGCACUUUUAUUUUAAGUGUGCCAAUGCAAAAUCAAGAUUGUGACUUCCACUUUCUCUAUUUUGCUUUUCAUUUUCACCUUUUUUUUUUGGAGGGGUCUUUUGUUCUUGUUUGGGUAUGUAGUCUUUUGAUUCCGGUUGUCAUGCACCAAUAAUGAUGAAUGGACUUAAGUAAUGUAUGUUAAAUCUAUGGGGAGAUGAAUCUUUCUUUGGGCCA